AUGGCCUCUACUAAAGAAACAACAGUACCGGCAUCAGAUGAAACCACAGAUACCCAAGAACCACCAUUAUCAUCAUCACCAUCACCAUCAUCACCAUCAGCACAAAAUGAUCAUGCUCCUCCUUCUCAAGACCAACAAACAGCACAAGAUGCUGUCGACAAAAUUCCGUCUUCCAAUUUUGAAAUAUCCACUUCUUCAUUAUAUUCUCUAUCCUCGGGAACUUCGUUGCAAAGCAAUGACGAUGAUACCAUGGACAACAACAACAACAACAACAACAUCACCAAGAAGGAGGAACCCCCCUACAUUUACAAUGGCAAUCCACCCCAAUUGCGUGAUUUGGGUCGUCGGAUCCAACACGUUCAAAUCGAUCCAUCCUUGCAACGAUUACCCGCCCGUUGUUUUGCCAGGUGUUUUGGUUUGAGAACAGUCGAGUUUACUACUACUACUACUACCAACAGCAAGAAUACAAUAGUACAAUUGGAAGAAAUAGGAGAAGAGGCAUUCCUAUUGUGUCGCAACUUGUUGGAGAUUUCCAUUCCCCCAAGUUUGCCCUAUUUGCCCUAUGCCGCCAUGAGUGGAUGUGGUCGAUUGACGCAGGUAACAUUGCAAGAAGGUUUGAUCAAAAUUGGAAUGCAAGCCUUUCAGCAAUGUUCCAAAUUGCAAACGAUUGAAUUGCCAUCGACCAUGGUGGAAUUGGGAAAUGCCGCCUUUAAGGGAUGUUAUGAUUUGGAACACGUGAUCUUUCGUGGCGAUGGUAACGAUGAUUCUACGAAUAGCAGUCAUAGUCCUCAAAGUCAACGACAACGACUGAAAAGGAUUCCCGCCCACACCUUUUGCAUGUGCCAUUCUUUGACCGAAAUCGAAUUGCCAAGUAGUGUGGAAGAAUUGGGAGACGAAUGCUUUUCCAAUUGCGUGAGUUUGCAAGUUGUCAAGAAAAGGAAGAAGAAAAACGACAAUCAUAGCAACGAGGAGGACAGUGAAAAAGUGACGAUUGGUCAUGGGUGCUUUUUGCAGUGCAUGUCGUUGAAGGAAUUGCUGCUUGUGGACAAUGCGACUACGAAUACUCCUACUUCAUCAGGAGUAUCCUCAGUAUCCUCAUCAUUAUUGGAAAUAAGCAGCAUUGGUGAAAUGGCCUUUGAAGGAUGUGGUCAAUUGGCUUCCAAGUACAAAGAGCUAAGGCCGACCCGAAAAAUGAGUUUGCAAAGUAGGGAAAGCAUUCGCAAGUCCCUCAUGGCCAUGAUGCCAGCAGCAGCAUCAUCGUUCAAUUCGUCGUCGCCGUCCGCAGCAGCAGCAGCAGCAGCAGGAGGAGGAGGAGGAGGUAAUGAUAGUACUAGUAAGAUGACGACGAAUCAAUCCUCCAGUGGACGAGCUAUCAAGAGUCGUCUUGGAUGA